GAGACAGAAUUUCUACCUCAGAGAGGGGUCUGGCGUCCUUCUCUCUCUUUCUCCCUCUCUCUCCCUCUUUUCCACAAUAACUCUUUGCAAAAUAUUCUUCCCUAUACUUUGAAUAAGACACAAUGAACAGGCAAUUCAGUUCCAGGUCUGGGGGUGGGGUCAGGGUCUCCCGCGGCUACAGUUCUUCGACUGCGGCCAUUCCUGGAGGGACAAAAGGCAGCUUCACCUCAGUUUCUUUAUCCCGGGCUGGGAGAAGCAGUGGAGGGCUAGGGGGUGGCUUUGGGAGCAGAAGCCUAUACAGCCUAGGAGUUAACAAAAGCAGCUCCAUUAGUCAUGGUACAGGUGGAAUUGGAGGCUUCUGGGGUGGUGGAAUGAGUAGUGGUGGUGGGUUUGGUGCAGGUGGGUUUGGUGGUGGAGGAUUUUCAGUUGGGGGGUAUGGAGCUGGAGGUGGUUCCUUUGCAGGCUUUGGUGGUGGUGCAUCAGGAAUGGGGGGCUUUAGUGGUGGUCCAAGGACGGGCUUCAUAGUUCCUCCUGGGGGCAUCCAGCAAGUGACCGUCAACUCCAACCUCCUGUCACCACUCAACUUAGAGAUUGACCCCGAGAUCCAAAAAGUGCGUGUGCAGGAAAGGGAGCAGAUCAAAUCCCUCAACAACAAGUUUGCAUCCUUCAUUGACAAGGUGAGUCAAUUGAACACAACAUUGUGGUAGAGUUUGCAGGAAAGGGAUGGGCCGCUCAAGGGUACGCUGGAUGAAAGCAGAUUGCAGACAUCAUUCUUCCCAACCAAGGUUUCAGUUUGUCUACCUCUGUGGUUUCCCACAAACCAUGUCUGGAAUUGUAGAUUGUUAGAUGUCACGGAUCUCUUUCACAGGACUACAUUUCCCAGACUCCCAUGGGAAGAGAGAAUGACUAUUAAAGCAUAGUGUGGGUUUGCCUGCUGCUGCUUCUUCUCCAACUGUUUGCCUUAUUAAAGCAGCUGCCACACCCCAUCCCCAUUAACAAACCUUAGGAUAAGGUUGCGGGUCUUAUUUUUAGUAGAAGACAUUUUCAAGCCUGAGUCACCAUUAUAUGCAAGAGCAUUUAUGUUCAUGUUCAUAGAUGUUAUGGAUUUAGAUCAGGGGUAGUCAAUGUGGUAACCUCCACAUCAUGGGUAGGCAAACUAAGGCCCGGGGGCCAGAUCUGGCCCUUCUAUAUCCAGCCCACAGACGGUCCGGGAAUCAGCGUGUUUUUACAUGAGUAGAAUGUGUCCUUUUAUUUAAAAUGCAUAUCUGGGUUAUUUGUGGGGCAUAGGAAUUUGUUCUUUUUCUUUCUUUCCCAAAUAUAGUCCGGCCCCCCACAAGGUCUGAGGGACAGUGGACUGGCCCCCUGCUGAAAAUGUUUGCUGAUCCUUGCUCCACAUGUUGUGGCCUGCAACUCCCAUCAGCCACCUAUCCAUUGGCUAUGCUGGCUGAGAAUGAUGAGCACUGCACUGGAAACUCUGAUUUAGAUUAUGAGUUGCCAGCUUGUAGCAUGGGAGGGGCAGAAGCAGCAGGGCUUUCUUGUGGCACUCCUGGAGAGAAGCAGAAUGGCCUGUGAGCCUGGCUAUGCUAUAAAGGCUAGCCUAUAUUUUUGCCUGGCUCUCCCAUAUUGUGCUGCUGCUUGUUCUCCUGCUCAGUAGAUCAGAGGCAAAACACCCCGAAGUUGCAUAUAUACUAUAGUGCACACUACUAGGAUGUUAUGUAAUACAUUGGGCUUGACUUUUUGGUAGGAUUGCUACCUUCUCAGUUUUCAACUAGCCACUUAAGGUGUGUCUAACAGGACCUUUAUGUGAGAUUUUAGCUGGUGAAAAUAUCCCGCCCCCAUGCUGUGGAAACUAAAUUUUUGCUUGCAAAGCUGCUGUUCAAAGGCACAAGCAAAAGAACAUCUGUUUUGCCACCGUCAGCUGGCAACCUGGGUCACUCAGUGCUCUCAACAGCACAGCUAUUUUAGGACUACGUGGGGGUAGAUUGAUAUGAAAGUAGCAUACAGGCAGACUCCUCGUAAGUAAAGAGUCUCCAAUAAGAUUCUGGAGGCAAAGCCAUGCUCAUUUUAAGACUCUCAUAUUUUGGUGAAGAACAAGCUGCUGUCACAGGCAGAAGACCAGUCCAGGAAUGGGGAGGAGGCAUGUUUUUGGUCAUUUGGCAGUACUAUUUAUGGGACUUUUGUCGGAAAGGUUGGCUGCCAUUGAUUUAGAAUCAUGUUUCACAAAAAGGAGGGUACUGGAUUCCCUUUACAUGUAGCAAUGAUGACUAGUUGAAGCUUAUCUUUGCUGUAGGAGGCCUCAGGAUCCCACCAACACAAGCAAAGGCAAGAUUUCUGCAUUCUCCUUAUGAUGUCUUGAGAGAGGUGCUUGUACAGCAGAGUGGCCAGGAGUGUGAGCCAGAAAAUUCCCAAUUCUAGUUUCAUUUCAGAGAGGUGGAUUUAGGCAAGCCACCAUUGUCUCAGCCUCCGUUGCCAUUGCAGAAUGUGGAUAAUAAUAAUACUGGUCUGCCUUACAGGAGUGCUGUAAGUGCUUUGAAAACUUGAAACAUUCAGGGGUAUGCACAGCAAUUUAAGCCAUUCCCUGGGUGUUUUGCAUUCAUUCAAAUAUGUGUAUCUCCAGGGUCUUUGAUGAUUUAAGGGGAUUCAUUGAAGAGUGCAUCUAAUCCUCAUUGGUCAGUAUGUAAUAAGGACUGGGCUCUGGUUCCAGUAUGCUUUUGACUCAGUUUAUAGUUGUGAUGAUAUGAGUUUACAUACCAUGGGUCUCUUGAUGGGUUUCAGGUACGGUUUCUGGAGCAACAGAAUAAGGUUCUAGAGACCAAAUGGGACCUACUACAGCAACACAGCAGCACAGGUACUAAGAUCAACAUCGAGCCAAUGUUCGAGGCUUACAUUGCUAAUCUCAGGAGACAACUGGAUACCGUGACUGGUGACCGUGGGAGGCUGGAUGGAGAACUCAGAAAUGUGCAGGAUCAGGUGGAAGACUUUAGAAAGAGGUGAGUUAGCCAUCAGGGCCUACUUGGGUAAGAAGACUCAGCAUACUCAUUGAUGCAGCAGAAUAGUAAAGGUAAAGGGACCCCUGACCAUUAGGUCCCAUCGCGGACGACUCUGGGGUUGUGGUGCUCAUCUCGCUUUAUUGGCCGAGGCAGCUGGCAUACAGCUUCCGGGUCAUGUGGCCAGCAUGACUAAGCCGCUUCUGGCGAACCAGAGCAGCACACGGAAAUGCCGUUUACCUUCCCACUGGAGCAGUACCUAUUUAUCUACUUGCACUUUGACGUGCUUUCGAACUGCUAGGUUGGCAGGAGCAGGGACCAAGCAGCAGGAGCACACCCCGUUGCGGGGAUUCGAACCGCCGACCUUCUGAUCAGCAAGCCCUAGGCUCUGUGGUUUAACCCACCUUGAAAAGGAGGCAUGGACUGUACCAUUUCAGACUGCAGGAGUAUGUGUGUGUGUGAUCCCAUUUUUAAUGCCCCCCUUAAUAUAAACUGGAACAAAUCUUCCUGGAAGUAGAAAAUGAGCAUGUAAUUAUGAAAAGUAGCAUAGCUUGGCUCUCUAUAUCAUCAUCAUCAAACCUUUUAUUGGCAUCACAUACAAACAUCCAAAACAGAUCAUUACAGAAUUACCACUUCCCCAGUGGCACAAAACAUUUGCUAAAAGAACGGAGGCAGAGCAGUCUAUUGUCACAUCUUUAGGUCUCCAGGGAGAUCAGACGUCCGCAGUGUAUUUCGACGACAAAAAACCAAGUAGAGAUAUUUAGACGCUAACUUGGUGAGCUCCUGAUCAGGCUCUCUAUAUGUUGUGUUUAUUUUCUGCUUGCAAGGAGGUUGUUGUUGUUUUUUAUUGUAGGGAUUGGGAGCAUUUUUUUAAAAAAAGAAUUCUGUUCCUGCUGUCUGAAAUGGGGAGAGUACCUCAUGAGAAGCCCAUAGGCUUCUGGCUGGCCACUGGGAGAGAAGGAUGUUGGACUAGAUCAGCCAUUGGCCUGACCCAACAGGCUCCUCUUAAGUGGCAAAUUCCAUCCGACUGCCAUCUCAGGUCUCUGAUGAGCUCAGUGGUCUGUCAUGUGUCAAUCCAGCAUUAGGAAUGAGCUGAAGAUGCAAUCUAGGUGUUUUCUGGCCUCAUAGCAAUGCUAUCUUCUUUUCUUGGCAUGGAUUCCACCUUGUGGUUUAGGCUGGAGAAGUUUUCAUUGCAUAUUAAAGAAAUGAGGGCAUUUAAAGCAAGUAUUUACAGGAUCGUAAAAUGCAGCUUGGCUCACAAAAAGAGCCAUAAAAACGUGCAGCAGCAAAUUCUGUCAUAUAUAUUCAUGACUCCUUGGCCUGUUGAAAAGUGUGUUGGCAGAAAAACACUGUAGAAACUUAGGGGCACAACUGCUUUAAAGGCAAGUGGGACUGAGGCACUUGAGACAGACUUUUAGGACCCCCACACAGAUGGGAUAGUCAUUAUCCUCUGACUUGGCUGAUUGCCGCACACACAGAUGGCCAUUCAUGCUACUUGCAUGCCUACAGCAAAACCCAACAAGUGUAAUCUAGGCCCCAUCUGCACUAUACCUUUAAAGCCCUAUUAUCCCACUUUAAACAGUCAUAACCAGGUACCCCCAAACUCGGCCCUCCAGAUGUUUAGGGACUACAACUCCCAUCAUCCCUAGCUAACAGGACCAGUGGUCAGGGAUGUUGGGAAUUGUAGUCCCAAAACAUCUGGAGGGCUGAGUUUGGGGAUACCUGGUUAUACCCCCUAGAAUCCUGGGAAUUGUAGUUUGUUAAAGAGCUGUAGUUUGCAGAGAGUUGUUAGCAGAUGUUUUACUUCCCUUACGGGAUGCAAUUCCCAAGAAGAGGGAUGGACUGUGAAUUGUAUCCCUUUGAGGGGAAUAGGGGUGUCUCCUAAUAACUCUCAGUGAAACUUACUUCUGUGUAAUGCAUUUAACAGUAGUAUGUAAGGUUGCAAUCCAGAUUUCUAAGUAGCAACUAACCUACUCAUCUGGACCAGAAUUGCAUCAAAGGAGGGAACCAUUUUAUUGCUAUUCUUCCUCUCUCUCAGUUCUCCUUGUUCUCAGAAGAAUCCAAAUCUGUUUCUUCUCUUAAUAGAUAUGAAGAUGAAAUCAACAAGCGCACUGCGGCUGAAAAUGAGUUUGUUGGCAUCAAGAAGGUGACUUUUUUUUAAUAAAAAAAGCAGCAAUAAGUAGGAGUCUAUUUUCGAGGGGAAAUAGCAUUUUGUCUCAGCUCUUAGAGGCGUCCAGAUUAAAUGGGUUUCAUAUUCCAGCUCAGCUGGCUGUUUCCCAAAUAAUUGCCUACUGGCUUUAUUAUUAUCAAUAAUCAAUGAAAGGAAGAUGUAGUCAACUGACUGAGGCUGCAAUUCUAUACCUACUUACCUCAAAGCAAGCAUUAUUGACCUCUAUGGGUCUUACUUCUGAGUAGAUACGUAGGACACUUGGCUCUGAGUCAGGGGGUCCUUGGUUCAAACCUUUGUAAUGUAAGGCUAAUAGUACUGACCUUCUUUACAGAUUUCUUGUGACAAAUAGUGAAAUAACAUAUGUGAAGCUCUGCAUAUGCUUUAGCAUGCCUAAUAGGAGCCUCCAUAAUACAGAAGAAGCACAUAAGUGGAUCACCGCUUCUAGGGGACAAACAGCAUUGUCUUGCGUGUCGAGGUCCCCAGGGCCACCCCAAUAACUCACACAUCACACCAAAUUUUUUGUUUAAGGUUUUUGGCAUAAUUUUGGCCACAACUUUAUUAAAUUACAAACAUGUGAGUUGUUGCUUAGGCAUUGGUUGCGACUAUCUGCCCCCACCGUGGGGGACAGACUGACAUUCCGCACGCCUGCAAAAGUCAGAAAAGGGGAAUACACUUGGGGGUAGCGACGGAGCAGGGAACCUGCCCUCAGCCCUCCCCAAAUGCAGCCAGGAGCUCUUGCAGUGGCCCGAGUCCCCUUGACAGGGUGGACAAGCAAUAGUUAGCCCCCGAUUCCUUUAACGGAAUCCCUUGCAACAGCAGCAUUGGAGGGGCAGGCACAGCCAAUCCAUGCCCCUCCACCAACCAAACCAUAAACCAAUGCCUAACCGCAACCUUCCAAGUUGUGACGAUUUGCUACGCAGUAGGCAAAAACCAAAUGGCACCAGCCAAUCAGCCAGAUGGACAAAAUUCCUACCGGGCCCCUGCCCCAAGAGCAGAUGACCCCAUGACAGGCAUAGCAAGGUCAAUGCAAACAACCCUAAUUCUAGGGAGUGGGGGACGGGCAAUCCGAUGCACGGGUGAAAAGAGGAAGCCCUAGCCUCGUGCAAGGAGUUUUAGCAUUUCUGGCUGUCAAUCAACAAAUGGCAACAUUAACUUCUUCCCAACAACAAGGGAAGCCCAAUCGCAUCAGUGGCCAAUGAUCAAUUAGCCCGCCCCACAACUUUGGAGUGUCCUGGCGGCCCCCACCGCAACAUGUGCUCUCCAUGAAGGAGAACCUGCUUUCUUUGUGUCUUGCUCAUAAGCUUCCAGACGCAUAUUGGAAAAUUAUGCAGAACUUCAUGGAAAACACAUGCUUUGGUUGAAGGAGGACCCAGGUUCAGUCUCCAGUAUCUUUAAGGUUUUCUAAUGCCCCUGGGAAAGUCCUCUACCAGUCAGAGUUACUGGGCUGAGCACCAACAGCUGUCUAUGACUUCUAGCUUGGCUCUAGUCAUGUUUAAUGUAACAUGAAUUCAAUGCAUUUAUUUCAGGAUGUGGAUGGUUCCUUCAUGCACAAAAUAGAGCUGCAAGCAAAAGGUGAUAAACUGAGAGAUGAAAUCGACUUCCUGAGAGCCCUCUAUGAGGCAGUAAGUGCUUAACUUUCUUGAGUCAAAGAAAUCAGAGUAAUGUGGAAUCUGAUAAGCUGUGUCCUCACUGCUGGAAGCCAAGUUACUUCUUGCAGAAAGAAGUGGGCUGACUCAUGUGAGAAAGAGCACACGCAAAAGAUGUUUCAGCUGAAUAAGUUGAAAAUGGGACAUGUGACUGGCUCCUUGGCAGAUUCUGGAGGACAACAUUUCAUAGGUCUGCUGGGGAGUUAAAUGCGAGCCUUGUUCAGUCAUUUUUUGAAUUUUGCACAGACCCAGGAAUGAAUCAUGGGAGUUGUGAGUGAACUCAAUAUUGCAUUGAUGGUGCUCUAAAAUAUUUGUUUUAGAGUUGGUUAUUUCUCCAUCAGUUCAAAGUGGUGUUAGGAAUCAGAAAUGGGAUACUGCAGGACAGCAAGGGAGGCAAAAUGAAAACAAAACCAGUUGCUCCUACAGUGGUGCCCCGCAAGACGAAUGCCUCGCAAGACGAAAAACUCGCUAGACGAAAGGGUUUUGCGUUUUUUGAGUCGUUCCGCAAGACAAAUUUCCCUAUGGGCUUGCUUCGCAAGACGAAACGUCUUGCGAGUUCUUGCGAGUUUGUUUCCUUUCUCUUAAAGCCGCUAAGCCGUUAAUAGCCGCUAAGCCGCUAAGACGUUAAUAGCCGCUAAGCCGCUAAGCCGCUAAUAGCCGCUAAGCCGCUAAUAGCCGUGCUUCGCAAGACGAAAAAACCGCAAGACGAAGAGACUCGCGGAACGGAUUAAUUUCGUCUUGCGAGGCACCACUGUAUCAGGCAAAGCCUUACAAGGGGACAAAAUCUGGCAUGCAUUAGACAUAACCUGGGGGUUUUUUUGGGGGGGGAGGGGGUUAUUGGGUUGUUGUUUUUAUUUUGAUUAUAUAUUUUUAUUUUGUUCUGUGAGACCUCUGGGUAUAGAGCGGUAUAUAAAUAAAAAUAAAAUAAAAUAACCCAGUUAUUUUAUGUGAUGGGGAAAGCCCUAUACAUUCAAAGGAAAGGAUCUGAUAGGGAAACAUGAAUGCACAGGAGUGCCCUUUGCAUGUCACAACAUAAACUCUGCGGUGGAUCAGAUGGUUCUUUAUAGAACUGGAUGGGGAACCUGUCUUUCUCCAGAUGCUGCUGGUCUCCAACUCCCAUCAUCCCUGCCCAUUGGCUGGGGCUGAUGGGAGUUGGAGUCCAUCCACUUCUGGAGGUGCCACAGAUUCCUCAUCUCUGUUUCAGAGCUUUACUUUAAAUGAAGGACAAAAAAGUUAUUUAGAGUCUAGCCACAGAGUGAAGAACGUAUGAGAGGGAAAUUCCAUGCAAGUUUAUUUCAAAGUAAGUAAGCAAGUGGUACUAACUCCCAGGUAGGUAGGUAGGUGUGCAUAGAAUUUCACUGUGAGUCACAUUUUAUAAUAUGGCUGCCACACCCAGUAUGCCUGAAACUAGUGGCUGUUCCACAUGCUGGAGUGGUAAGAAAUUAAGGUUGCCAUAUAUCCAGAAUUUCCCAGACAUAGCCAGGAUUUGGCCAUCGAAAAAAGUGUCUGUGCCAAAAUCGCUGUAAUGUCCAGGAAAAUCCAUACGUAUGGCAACCCAUGUCAGAAGUGUAGAAUUUGGCAAAUUUCUUUCAAAAAACACUCAAAAACUUUGGUGUCCGGAUUUCCCCUUUUUGAAAUAUGGCAACCCUAAAGAAAUCAUUUCAGAAUUAUUAUGUUUUUGGCGGGGGAUGUUCCUCCUGCUAUUUGAGUGCAGCUAAACUCCUCAAUUCCAUUUCAGAUUUGAGGCUUGCCAUACUGGGCUCACAAACAAACGUAUGCCAGAUUUUGCCUUGAAUGCGCAAAGACCUCCUGCACUUGGCACUGGUCAGUCAUGUCACUGACCCACGUUGGUGUGAGACUCAUGACCAGGCGUAGCUGGAACAGUGAGUCUGAAAUGGUAGAGGUCUUUGCAGAAUGUGCCACAUGAUGCUGAACUCUGCUAAGUCUCUUGUAUAAUUCUAUUGUAUAAUUCUACAAUAUCUCUACUAGCAAGCCAUAUGGCCUGGGCCAACACGUGGGUGGUCCUUCACCCCCGCCUGUGUGGUUUAUCUCCACACCACUGCCAUCCAUUGGCAGGAAUGUUUGACAGCAGGAUGGGCGAUGAAUCACAUAGUGGAGGCCUGGUCUGUGUUUUGAGCUGGUUGCUGUUGUCGUUUAGUCAUUUAGUCGUGUCUGACUCUUCAUGACCCCAUGGACCAGAGCACACCAGGCACUCCUGUCUUCCACUGCCUCCCGCAGUUUGGUCAAACUUUGAGCUGGUACACACAUUAUAAAGGUUUCCAUGUGGAACAACUGCCAUGCAGAGGCAGAGAAAGAUGGCCUCCCUGUGGUGGUCCCGUCAUGGAAAGGUUUUCUCAUUUAGUCACUUCUUAAUAAUUAAGUUUUUCACCCAGCUGUAAUCCUAAAAUCCCUGAGUUUGUGGAUGGGUAGGUGGAGGGAUACUAAGAACUUGUUUUCUCAUGCAGGAAUUGGCUCAGAUCCACGGACAGAUCAGCGACACCAGCGUGAUCCUACAGAUGGACAACAACCGAGAUCUAGACCUCAACAGCAUCAUUGCUGAGGUGAAAGCACAGUAUGAAGACAUUGCUAACAGGAGCCGGGCCGAAGCAGAAGCUUGGUAUCAAAGCAAGGUGAGACCUUCUGCAGACUUUAUCUUUGGCGCGCAGCGACUAAGAGGCCUCUGAUCCAUAUCUGGGCCCUAUUUUUCAGUCAACAGAGAAGCCUGAGGCAAAUGAAAACUAAGUUGAACUUGCAGACCAAAAAUAUUUUAAAUCCAAAAUGUUCCAUUUUAAUGGGAAUAUUUGCCAAAUUGGAUCUCAAUUCCUACUUUUAAAAUUGGAGUUGGCUCUGGAAGAGAGUAAAAUCAACCACUGGUGGAAAGCCUCUGAUGAUAAGCAAAAGGCCUACUACACCCAAUAGCACUGCCAUUCUUACUUGAUAUGGGAACAUCCCAGAAGCUCAUAGGACCCUAGACAUAUUUCUUUAUUGUGCAUUCAUGAUUAUUUUUUGCUCAUGGCGGCAUGAGGGUGCAAUCCCACUUUCGAUGACAUUUGUGUCUGGAAAAAGUUUCAGGGUGAACAUACUGCUUCAAUUUCAACUGCUGCAUGUCCCAUGGCUUCCUGUGGAAACCAUGUAACUUUUUGUGCCACAAAUAUUUGGGGCUCCUUUUUGUCCUGCCCCUCCAAAUGCAAUAACGUAGAACCAUCGGAGAAGCAUCCCAGAAGGAUGAUUGGCUCAGUGACAUGUUGCAGAAUACACCCUUCUUUAAAAAGUGCGGAAGGAUUCAAAGAGGCAGUGCAAGAAGAAUCUUCUGGGUGGCAAGCCUAUUAUUCAGGUUGCCUAGCCUAUUAUUGUGGUUGUUGUUGUAAUAUUUAUUUAUGUCCCACCUUUUUUCCUGGUGGACCUCAAGGCAGCUUACAGAUAAAAGCACGAAUUGCUAAAAACAUAGAAAAAUAAUAAACAUUAAUAGAUUCCAAAGUAUAUACGGUAGAUAAAAAAAUUCAAGCAUUUGCUACCAAGGAAGCUAUCAAACCACUUAUAAUUAUAAUAAAAACAGCACGGCAGCAGCACUUUCGUUAAAAGCCGUCCAUUCUCAAAAGCCUAUUGAAACCAGAAGGACAACAAGGAGGGAGCCAGUCUCGCUUCUCCAGGGAGGGAGUUCCAGAGCCUAACCAAGCUCCCCUUCCCCAAAUCCUGGAACUGGUAGUGCUUAAAGUAGCUCAGUUACCGAAGAAUGUGUUUCUGCAUUGCAGUUUCAAGAACUUCAGAGUACAGCAGCUGGUCACGGUGAUGACCUGAAGAGUACCAAGAACGAGAUUGCAGAGAUGAAUCGAAUUAUCCACAGACUGAAAUCAGAAAUUGAUAACGUUAAGAAACAGGUGGGGACCAUUUUAAUAUAGCAACGACUGAAUCUAUGGCAUGUGUGUAUUUCAUCCCCCCUCCUUCUUUUUUUCUUCUUUUUAUUAUUUAUUCAAUUUGUAUUUUCUUGCAAGUUCAGGCUGGGUGGAGCCUUUGCUCAAUGGCAGAACACAUGGACGGUAUGCACAAGGUUGCAGGUUCAAUCUCUGCUUGGUGAUGCACAUGGUGGGGGAAUAUGGGCUAGCAUUUUGAUGUCAGCGACAUGGGGUGGGUGCUGCAAAAAACCUGUGUGCAUGAGUAGUGCUGAUCCCACAAUAAACACCCACCUGGAAGCAGCUACAGACAGCAGUUCCUGACAGUUGCUCACCACCCACCAUUCUUCCAUCCCAGAUCUCUCUCACACUAUAAACUUACUAAAACAGGAGCUAGAACCCUUCUCAAAAGUGUCAUCAGGCCUAAUAUUUGUGGCCACUGUUUGGUACUCAGCACUAAAUUGGGCAAAGCUGAGAAAAUCUCAGUGGAAACAGUGAGAUUUGUUUCUGUCCUGCUGCCACUUCUGCUUUUCCUCCUGAGCCCCUUGAUUGAAAUAGCAGCAGAAGAGAAAAAAGACAGGGACUGUUAUAGAUUCACUUUCAUGGCUGAUAGUGGCUUUGGGGCUGUAAUGGGAAAUAGUUCAAGGUAACAAAUCCUGCAACCCUGACUCAAUUUGUGCCUGCUGCAGCUACUUUUACUUUAGACUUGCAUUUAACCAAAGGUUUUUAUAGAGCCAGACAUGGAUCUCUCAGUCCACUGGGGGACGUCUGUUCAUGCACCGUGAUACUAAAAUAAUGUAUUGGUAUUUGACACAUCAAAUCCAUGCUAACUUAAGAUAUUUUAAGUUAAAGCUGGGUGUAUAAUUCCAAACUACUCCUGAAAAGAAUAAGUUUGGCCCUGUAAGUUACCUGGUUGGGAAACUGCCUAGGAAUUGUAUUGGGCAGCCCAUAUGAGUUCCUUGGAGCAGGAUUGUGUAAAUAAAUACAUAUAUACAUACAAUAGGUAAAGGUAAAGGGACCCCUGACUGUUAAGUCCAGUCACGGACGACUCUGGUGUUGUGGCGCUCAUCUCGCUUUAUUGGCCGAGGGAGCCGGUGUACAGCUUCCGGGUCAUGUGGCCAGCAUGACUAAGCCGCUUCUGGCGAACCAGAGCAGCUCACGGAAAUGCUGUUUACCUUCCCACCGGAGUGGUACCUAUUUAUCUACUUGCACUUUGACGCAUUUUCGAACUGCUAGGUUGGCAGGAGCAGGGACCGAGCAACGGGAGCUCACCUUGUUGCGGAGAUUCAAACCGCCGACCUUCCGAUUGGCAAGCCCUAGGCUCAGUGGCUUAGACCUCAGUGCCACCCGUGUCCCUAGACAUACCAUAGAUAGCCUUAAUUAUAGUGAGAGACAGAAAAUAAUCAAAAUUCACAGACGAUUCUACGAGCUACACUUUAAAUUGAUUGCCUUUCGGUUUGAUGUUUAUCUGGCCAGCAAUCCAGACUAUCAUCUGGAAUAUUUAGACCUCUUGAGAAACUUACAAUGCCUCCAGCUGACCCUUUCCAUUCUGACACCGAAAUGGGAACCAAGGUAUGACUGUGAGUUCACGCGGAAAACUGCUAUCACUUCAUGAAAACAGGGUUAGGUGUCUCUGUGCUUCUUCUGUAGCAGAUGUAUGGAAAGAGCUGAUUUGUGGCCAGUGGACUCUUGAACUAUCUACACGUAACACUGACAAGGCAAUAUUACAUAUUAUACUGUAUGUAAAAUAAGCACUUUAGGAAGUAGGAAGCUACUGACUAUUUGACUUUCCUGAUACCUGCUGCAGAUUGCUCAGCUCCAGACAGCUAUCGCUGAUGCUGAACAGCGAGGGGAAAUGGCCCUGAAAGAUGCCAGAAUGAAACUCACUGAUCUUCAGCAUGCCCUACAAAGUGCCAAGGAUGAGCUGGCGCGCCUACUGCGGGAUUACCAGGAGCUAAUGAAUGUCAAAUUAUCCCUGGAUAUGGAGAUUGCUACAUAUAGAACUCUGCUGGAAGGAGAGGAAUGCAGGUGGGUGCCAUCUUGCGAUGGUUUUAUUUCAUACCAGGUACUGUAGCGUACUUUCGUUUGACACAACAUGGCUAAUGCCUGCAUACUUGGGGUGUGAGUAUCCAUAUUCAAAUCUACACAUACUUUAAUAUCCUAAAACUAUACAUUUGGCUUUGUCUAACUAUCAGAUAACUUCAGCAAAGAUGUGCCUGGUUAGUUUGUUCACGUCAGGGUGUGAAAUACUGCCUGCCCACUCUUUGCCCUUCAGUGUUGCCUGAGGUCUCUGAUCUUAGCCUCCCAGUUUCUCCUGCUUGCCCAUUCUUUGAUCGCCUGUUACGAAGACCAUACCUGGCUCCUCCUCCCAUUGAGCUGAUGUUUCCUCUGUCCCACUUCCCCUCAGAUCUUUGCUUCCUCCAACCAUUAUUCACAAGUCCAACUCACUUAGCAUGCUCUCACCCUUCAGCAAUGCUGCCCCAGGAUUCCCUGCUCCUUAGAUGCCUCCUCUCCCUCACUUGGGCUUCCUGCCCCUAUCUGCCCUCUCUCACCUUCCACUCCCCUUCCUACCAGCAAUAUAUACAGUGGUACCUCUGGUUAAGAACUUAAUUCGUUCCGGAGGUCCGUUCUUAACCUGAAACUGUUCUUAACCUGAGGUACCACUUUAGCUAUUGGGGCCUCCCGCUGCUGCCACCGCCAUGCUAUUUCUGUUCUCAUCCUGAAGCAAAGUUCUUAACCCGAGGUACUACUUCUGGGUUAGUGGAGUCUGUAACCUGAAGCGUUUGUAACCUGAAGCAUUUGUAACCUGAGGUAUCACUGUACAGCAGCGGGAGGCCCCAUUAGGUAAAGUUGGUACCUCAGGUUAAGAACAGUUUCAGGUUAAGGAAUGGACUUCCAGAAUGAAUUAAGUUCUUAACCUGAGGUAGCACUGUACUCCCUCUUGCCCAGGGGAACCAGAUACACAGACGUACGCACACACACCCUUCUACACACACAAAGUUAGUUUCUAUAUUUUUAAUGGUUGUGUAGGAGAGGUUAUGUUAGUACAAGAGGCCUUUCUCUCUCAUUCAAAAGUUUUCUCUUCUGUACAACUAUCAAAGGUUGUACAGGACUCUGUAUGAAACAAAUGCAAGAACUCUGUAUUUGAAUCUGGUCACCUUACUCCUGUACCUAAAACCUACGUGAGAUAUUUUGUGGCCUAAUGGAUAGCACACAUUUCUGUGUGGGAUGUGAAAUAUCUCAGCCUAGACUGAUCCUUUUCCCCACAUUCCACAAUACCAUGCGGAAUACUCGUGGACAUGCUAUGCCAUCAUGGUAGCUCAGAAAAUACAGUGGUACCUCGGGUUAAGUACGUAAUUCGUUCCGGAGGUCUGUACUUAAUCUGAAACUGUUCUUAACCUGAAGCACCACUUUAGCUAUUGGGGCCUCCCGUGCCGCCGCGCCGCCAGGGCACGAUUUCUGUUCUCAACCUGAAGCAAAGUUCUUAACCUGAAGCACUUAUUUCUGGGUUAGUGGAGUCUGUAACCUGAAGUGUAUGUAACCUGAAGCGUAUGUAAACCGCGGUACCACUGUAGUUAGAAGGGGGUUUCAAAUGAUAGGCAUCAGCCAGUUUAUAAACACAGAACAUGGCAUGAAUAGCCCAGUUUGGGAUUUUGCAAGAGAAUCAUUCAGGUGGUGGCACCCAUUAUACCUGCUUUUUAUUACAUUUAUUCAUGUGGGCAUUGAAACGCAGAUACAUUUGCAUGGCAUUUAUCCAAUCAUGUAAAAUGUCUCAUAUUUAAUGGAUCUCUUAGCCAAUAUCUAUGUGCAUACUUAGGAAGUAUUGCCUGCUGUUGCACAUCAUAAGUAACAUUGCAUGCAUAUGUCAUAGAAUUUUGUGUUUCCACAUGCAUUUUAUUUGCAUUCAUAUUAGCUGAAGCAGCUUAUAACAUUGGGUGGAUUUUAAAAAAUGCAAAUGCACAAAUGUUUUACAUGCAUAUAAGUAAGUCUGUGUUUGUUUAUUAGUAGAUGUGUAUCUGCAUUUUUAAAAAACAUAAUGCUACUUAGAGACUAUUCAUAAAAGGAAUCUCUAUUCAUAAAAGGGUCUCUUAGCUCCUAUCUUGGGCAUGACAGUUACGCAAUGGUGAAAAACAGGUACUCUGUGCAUGCUUAGAGGAACAUGCAACUUUAUUAUUAUUUGCUUAUGUGCCUAAGGCUGACGUCUGUCAUUCAAAACAGAUUCCAAUACGACUCCUGUUGCUUGAUAAGUCUCAAUGAGUAAAAAGACCAGCCAUUCAUUCCUGGUCAAAGUGCUCCCACAUAUAAGCACCUUCACCACUUGAGGGAGCUCUUUGGUGAUUGCUCCAUGGCUGAAGUUGCUUGGGUUAUUAAUUGGCCCCUGGGGGCAGGUUUUGCAACUGGGGAAGGGAGAGGGAGUGUGCAUGGCAAUGUCAGGGGUGAUUGCAUGGACUUACACCAUAGUCCCAGCCAGUGGCAAAAUGUUUCCCAUUGAGAUCUGAGCUCAACCGCACAAUGACAGCAACCAUGUAAUGUAGACUAUCUCAGAGGCAGAGCACUGGUUCCACUAGUUUGACUGGUGUGUCCUCCACCCCAGGAUUGUGAGAAAUGGUUAAGCCUGAAGCUGGCAAACAACCCCAGAAACCACUGUCAGUCUUUCACUCAGGCUGUGAUUGCAGAAUCCCCAGAAGCAGGGAUAAUGAAACAGCUUAGGACCGCAGCAACUGGGGAAACAAAAUGGUGUGAACUGCCCCUCUGCUUACCAAAUCAGAGUCCCCAUUUCUUCACAAGCCACCCCCCUUCAUACGCCUCCAGGGGGCGGGUCCAAGGCCUUUAGUUUCCUGAGAUGAUAGACAAGACACUGACUCCCUUCCCUAAUUUGAUGCACAGAAACCAAUUGGACCGGCAGUUGAAUUGUAUUUCAAUGCUGCCUAGCCUCUACUACACCUGACAGCUUAGCUUAUUAGGAGUAGAGCAGUCUGUGUGGUAACAAUCCCUACCUCCCAGUAUUUGCUGGGAGAGCAUGUUGAAUUUUUCAAAUUCCAGUUAUGAGGGGUGCUAAAAAGUUGUGACAUGACUUGGAAAUUCAAAAAACAUUCAGGUUAAAUUAAUAUAAUUUAGUUUUACUUGGUAAAAUUAAAAGUAUGUAAAAUUGCAUAGGAAAAAUUAAAAAUGGUUGUCAGAUACUUGCAUUAUAUAAUAUUAUAAAAUACAUACAGUGGUGCCUCGCAAGACGAAAUUAAUCCGUUCCGCAAGAGUCUUCGUCUAGCGGUUUUUUCGUCUUGCGAAGCAAGCCCAUUGACGGAUUAGCGCUAUUAGCGCUAUCAGCUGUUUAGCGGCUAUUAAAGGCUUAAAGGCUUGGGGAUUAGCUGCUAAAAGGCUAUUAAAGGCUAUUAAAGGCUUAGCAGAUUAGAUAAAGGGGGAAAGCGAAAAAAAUCUCUAGACUCGCAAGGUAUUUUCGUCUUGCGAAGCAAGCCCAUAGGGGAAUUCGUCCUGCGAAGCAACUUCAAAACGGAAAACCCUUUCGUCUAGCGGUUUUUCCGUCUUGCGAGGCAUUCGUCUUGCGGGGCACCACUGUAAUUAUAUUAUAUUCUUACUAUUUAUUCUUAUUAUUACUACUCCCUGACAUUUUCAGAAGGUAAAAUUAAAUUUCUUUGGUUUUCUGAAAUCUUUGUCAUCAAAUGACUUACCAAGCUAAAUGUAGUCCAAACACAAAAAUAAUAGCGGAUUUGAAUUCUUCACACCAAAAACAUACAGUGGAACCUCGGGUUACAUACCAUCCUCCUCAUCCUCCUUAUGAAUGCUUCGGGUAACGAGCUCCGCUAACCCGGAAGUAGAUGCCCCUAGUUGCGAACUUUGCCCCGGUAUGUGAGCGGAAAUCAUACGCCAGCGGCGUGGCAGCAGCGUGAGGCGCCAUUAGCGAAAGUGCACCUCAUGUUAAGAACGGUUUCGGCUUAAGAAUGGACCUCUGGAACGAAUUACCGUAUUUUUUGCCCUAUAGGAUGCACUUUUUCCCCUCCAAAAAUGAAGAGGAAAUGUGUGUGCGUCCUAUGGGGCAAAUGCAGGCUUUCGCUGAAGCCUGGAGAGCGAGAGGGGUCGGUGCGCACCGACCCCUCUCGCUCUCCAGGCUUCAGGAGAGCCCCACCGCCAGCCCCGCAAGCUUGGGGACAGCGGGGAGGCGCAGCGCGCCAUCCCGCUGUCUCACGACCUGGUUUGGAGGCUGGGGGCGGGCUUCCCCCUCCCCCAGCCCCGCAAGCUGCCAGAGCGAUGCCGAAGCUGCGUGCAGCUUCUGCAUCGCUUUGGGACCCGUUCUGGGGGAGGGGGAAGCACCGGCUAACCCCUCCCUCAGCCCCGCAAGCUCCCAGAGCUGCCUGUUCUGGGGGCUGGGGUUGGCGGAAGCUCGGGCUUCCCCCGCCCCAGCCCCGCGCCGGGGAAAAAAUAAUAAUUUCCCCCCCUUUAUUCCCCCCCCCAAAUCUAGAUGCGUCCUAUGGGCCGGUGCGUCCUAUAGGGCGAAAAAUACGGUAAGUUUGUAACCGGAAGUUUCACCCCCUAAAAUGGCACACCCUAUUGUGGUUGCAUCAUCGUGGCCAAUGCUUGGGCCAGCCCUGUGAGGCCUCCUACAAGCUCAGACAAAACCUGUGUCCCUUUCUCCCAUUUAGUCAAUAUGUCAGAACAGCCACUUGGUUGAGGAAAAGGGCCAUCUCACAGUCACUUCCUAGAGGCCCCUGCUUUCAAGUAUUGGAGGAUGGGAUAGUUUGUCAGAAGGUCAGGCACAUGAAUUCCUUUUAAAAGGGGGAAGAUUCUCAAGGAACAAUGUGCAGUUUCACCUAAGAGCAGUAUCUCCUGUUCCUGUAGUGGCUCUAAAAUAUAUUCUGAGUGGAAAGGUCUCUCUCUCCACUCACAGUAUGUAUGGUGAGGAGCUGGGCAUUACUGUGAAUUUGCAAAUCAUAAACUUAUGGCCAGUACCAUCUGGAAGGCUGUGAGUUGCCCAUCUCUGCCUUAGGACUGCUGAGCCGGUGCAACGUGGAAACCUGCUAUAUGUAAUAUUACACCAGCAACCCAAGUUAGGGUGGGAGAUGUUGCCUGCCAUGACACCAGUGAUGGACAAGGUCAGGAAAUGCUGCCUGACUAAUCCUGGUAGUGUAAACGAACCAUUAAGCCUCCCCAGGCUAUAGAGGGGGCCUUCCAGAUGUUGCUGGACUACAGCUCCCAUCAUGCCUGAUGCUCGCUGGAAAUGAUGGGGGUUGGAGUCAAUAAUAUUUGGAGGGCAAGAAGUUCCCCAUCCUUGGUCUAAGGUAUGCAGAUGCAUGACUGGGAUCUAUAGGAGGGCUCUUUAGUAGGUUUUCUUGCAGGGAGAGACAUGCAGCUUCUCUUGCCCUUGGAUGGCAAGCUUCAUUUACUAGGAAAUCUCCUUUUGUAUGCAAGAUACCAGGGGCCCUAACUUCAUCCAUGUCUGAUCUCCCCACUGAGUGACUAAAGUGCCAGGCAGAGUUUCUUGCUCUGUGUCUGGAAACUGUCCUUAUGACUUCUUCUUGUUGUUGUUGUUGUUUAGUUGUUUAGUCGUGUCCGACUCUUCGUGACCCCAUGGACCAGAGCACGCCAGGCACUUCUGUCUUCCACUGCCUCCUGCAGUUUGGUCAAACUCAUGCUGGUAGCUUCGAGAACACUAUCCAACCAUCUCGUCCUCUGUCGUCCUCUUCUCCUUGUGCCCUCCAUCUUUCCCAACAUCAGGGUCUUUUCCAGGGAGUCUUCUUUUCUCAUGAGGUGGCCAAAGUAUUGGAGCCUCAGCUUCACAAUCUGUCCUUCCAGUGAGCACUCAGGGCUGAUUUCCUUCAGAAUGGAUAGGUUUGAUCUUCUUGCAGUCCAUGGGACUCUCAAGAGUCUCCUCCAGCACCAGAAUUCAAAAGCAUCAAUUCUUUGGCGAUCAGCCUUCUUUAUGGUCUAGCUCUCACUUUCAUACAUCACUACUGGGAAAACCGUAGCUUUUAUUAUACGGACCUUAUGACUUAGCAGACAUAUUUAUUUUGCCUGGGCACUGUUUCAUAGGAUUGUAUUGUGACGCACCUUAAUCAUUUUGCUCAAAAGCAUUUCAUCCUUGAAUGAUUGGCUGACUUGCCUUCAAUGUUUUUCUCUCACUAGGAUGUCUGGAGAACUCACCACCCCUGUAAGCAUGUGUAAGUAUUUUAGUUAUACUACUUUUCACUGUGAAUGUCCAUGAUACCGCACUCUUUCCCAUAGAAUUUACCUCUGGGCUGAAGUUCCUGGGCUGAAGUUCUCCCAAUCAAGAAUUGUGCAGGACUUCCAAAGGCUCUUUUGAGAACUUCAUAGAGUUGGGAAGAACGAAGGGACUGGGAAGGGCCAUAGCUUAGAUGGGGUUCAUCUGCUUUGUGUGCAGGAGGUCUCAGAUUUCAUCCUUAGCAUCUCCAGAUAGCAGAUUAAGCUGAAUUAAACUGAAAUCCCACAGAGCUGCUGCCAGUCAAUGUACUGAGCUAGGUGGAACAAUGGUCUGACUUACUAUAAGGCAGCUUCCUAUGUUGCUAUGAAUCUCACAUCCAUACCAUACAUUUAAAGCAUGUGGCUUCUCCUAAAGAACCCUGGGAACUGCAGUUUCGUUGGGGUGCUGGGAACUUUUAGUUCUAUGAGGGGUGAGCUACAGUUCCCAGGAUUCCUUGGGGAAAGCUAUGUGUGUUAAAUAUGUUUUAAAUGUAUAGUGUGGUUUCUAACAGACGCCUUGUCACGUAUCCCAUCAGGAACCUCCAGGGAACAAAAUUUCAUAGCUUCCAGGUGGCCAACUUUGACUGAAGAGACAAAAUAGUUUCCUUCCAGAAACCGAAGACAGUCUGAAGGAGGGGUCCCUGCCUGUAGUGUCUGCAGUCAUCCCCUCUGUUGACUAUAGUAAAGACAUUUUGUAGGUUUUUGUAUUGUUUUAAAAAUACUAAAACGUGUGGUUAUGUGUACACCACUGGCAGUGAUGCUUCUUAUAUACCAUACCUUGCCAAAGCCCCUUUCAGACUUUAUACUCAUAUAUAUUUCUCUAUAGGAUCUCUUUGGAUGGAAACUUACUUAAAAAGUUUAUUGGUACUGGGUCUGUACUAUUGCAUCACCUCACAACUCAAACCAAAAGUUUGAUGGUGAUCUGUAGAUGAAAAUAUAUAUACAGGAGAAGCCGGGGUGGAUGUUGUAAUUAUGAGUUAGCAAAUACCCACAGGUUGACCAAAACGCAUUAAGGUUACAACAGAGAGAUCACAUUUCUAGAUACAAUAAAUGAUGCCACCCUAGGAAUAAUCUAACUAGAAAGGAGGCAAGCCUUGAAGUAAUCCUGAGUGCUGCCCGGGAUCUGGUGAAAGAUGUAGGUGUUCUCAUACCGGCUGGUGCAAAUAAGUCCAAGGGGAUGCCUGUGUGGUUAGCAAGCAGAAUCAAGGAAUAAAAGCAGAAUAAAAGGCAAGAAGGAUUCUUUUGGGAAAAUGUAAGCCUUGCCCAAAUGAGGAAUAUAAAAAGGGGCACAAAUUUUGGCGGGAACAAAAAUGCAAGUUGACAAGAAGGCAGGUGAAAAAAUAAUAGUAAUUUGAGAAGGGUAUGUAAAUAAGAAUAAUUAAAACUUAUGAUAAGUAAUGUAUCAGAGGCAGGGAAAUAAAUCAGAGGCAGGAAACAAGUUGGUUUGGCCUCUCAAUGGGGUGCUGAAUUGGGUAGAUCCUUGGUCUGAUUCAGCAGUGCUCAGUCAUGAAACAAAUUUAUAUAUUAUAUUUGUUUUAUUGCAUUUAUAUCCCACCUUUCCUCCAAAAAGAUCAAGGUGGCUUACUUCCUUUUCCCUUGCCCCAUUUUAUUCUCACAGUCACCCUGUGGGUUAGGCUAGGCUGCAAGGCAGCAAUGGGUCCAAGGUUACCCAGCGAGCUUUGCAGUGUUUUGCAUGCCGUCGCAUUUGCAUGGAGAAUUUCUCUGGCGCAUGUUUCAGUAAAAUGCCUUUUUCUCCCCCAGCGGUGAUCAGCAGCUCUUCUACCAUGGGCGGAAGCAGUUACGGCCUUGGCGGCGGCGGCGGCGGCGGCCGAGUGAGCAGCGGAGGAUUUUCCCUGGGUGGUGGUGGAGGAGGAGGAGGUGGCAGCGGCAGCGGCAGCCUUAAUCUCGGAAUGGGGGGUGGCAGUGGUGGCGGUUAUGGCAUGAGCAGUGCGGUCACUGCAGGAGGGAGCAGUUACAGCUCUGGCUUUGGUGGGGGGCUGAGUUCAGGAGGGGGAGGGGGCUCCUCGAGUGUGAGAUACAGCUCAACAACCUCGUCAUCCAGCAAGAAAAUAGGCAGAUAAAAAGGAAAACAACCACGCUCACACAAGUGCAGCCACUUCUAGAAAAUGUUCAUAUCUGUUCUAACUGCCCGCAGCAACACCCAGCCUCCAAGCUAGUUGUCCUUGACUCAAUGAUGGGAGAAAUGGUCCCCCAAAUGAUCACACAGGAAUGCAGUGGAUAUUCAUGAAGAAUGCCUCCUAGCCUAAAGUGGAUAGAUUCUGUUGUUUAAGGCUAUAUUUCCCAAUUAACAUCAUCAUUGUGGCUGCACAAACAUCUAGACCUCGUUGAAAUAAAUGAGAGCAAACUUGACCAGAGAGCAGCGCAUCUCCCACUUUGUUUAUCUUUUUCAUUCAGUCCCUGUUUCCCCGCUUCUCUCUGACACGGUUAACAUUGGCUGCAGUGCAAGAAUUCAGAACCACUUGCAGCAUGAAUGAAUUGAGGCACCCACAUUAAAUUGCAUCAGCUGCUGUCUAUGUUCCAGUUGUUUGGGAGGGAGCGCAGAUGGAACUGGCAUGACAUUUUGAAAUCUUUCAAAAACUCUGACAAAACCAGCAGGAAAUUUACUUCAAAUUUUGUGUAUUUCUCCCCCCCCCCCCCCAUUGAAGGCAAAUAAUAUAACACUUGGAUCCCAUUGUAAUAUUGCAAUCAUUUUGGGGCAUGCUCCAACUGCAAAAAAAUAAAUAAAGCGCUUUAAUGCCCUGCUGAUUUCAGUGAGAGAAUUAAGGAUGUGAUUCAGCUUCGCCCACUGAAAUGAAAGGGGCUGAUAAAAUGCUUAAUCUUUAGCUGGAUUGUACUCCUUAAAAAAAACACCAACGCCCUAGAAAACUUGAGUAUGUCAAGGAAUGACAUUUAUUUUAGAUCAUAGCUUCACUUCAAAAGGCCCAUUUAAAAUAAAUCCCUACUUCUAAUGACUUUGUUCUAAACUUUAGACAGCAACUGAAUGUACAGUUACACACAGGGUUUUAGAAUGUGUAACACUCUGUGAAUUGCAACCUUAAAGUCUAUGCUUUUUGCUAUGAAAUUCCAUUGCUCCAUUUGCAAAUUUGGGGACUGAUCUCUUGGAGCAUUGAGAAGUGUGGCAUACAAUGUAUAUCAUCCUACAGCCAAGGUAACACUGGGAAUAUCAAGUACCAUUUUAUAUAUUAAAAUAAUUUGGCCAUAAAAGGCAUCUGAUAUCCCCGUCAGUGCAAUCUGAUGCACAUCUACUCAGAACUAAGCCCCAUUAUGUUCAGUAGGACUUACUCACAGGUAAAUGGCUGUACUCUUAUGAAUCCUACACCCACUUACCUGAGUGUAAGUCCCCUUGAACUUAGGGGUCUUUACUACAGAGUAGACAUAUUGCGGAUUGUGCUGUUCAUUUAUUUUGAAUGAUUACAAACCACUUCUGACACCAUGUGCCACAGGCACAGUCGAAACAGGGAAUUGUUUAAUGAACAAAAGGAGCAAGUGUACCAAUCAAUCAGCUUUGGUUCUUUUUUAAUUUUCAUGAGUGCCCAGGACAAUGAUAGAGUUUGGCUUCAUCAACGUCACAGUAUUCAUUCCAGUGUAGUGGUCUUUAGGUCACAUACCACUUGCAGCUCCUAAGUGGAGCACAUAUUUGUCUUGGUUGGGUUGCUUUGCAAAGUGAUGAAUUUUACAAGUUUGAAUAGAAUUUACACACUGUUGAAUCCAUAACUUAGCAAGCACAUUCACCUUGAUUGGUUUCUGUCUGCUAGUGCUUAUUGUAAAUAAAAUUGCAGAGGCCCAUCCUUUUCUCACUGUUCAUUUUUUCUGCAUGAUCUUUAUUGCCAAUAAACUGCAUUGUAAUAUUU